AUGGAUUUUCGGGACAAGUACCUCUAUCCCGUGGAAAACCAGCCGAUCGAUAAAGCGGCUAUUGUAAAUCCGCAGAGUCUAGUUCUGCCUGGUUAUGUGGCACAACAGCCUCCACCACACAAUAACCAAAUACACUUGCAGACGGAUUUCACGUAUCCACCACCGACACAUCCGCAUGGGAUCUGGCUACAAUCUUUUCCCAAUGCAUGGCAAACACAGUUCUGUAUGCCCAGUCCUACACAACAGGCCAACACAACCGUUACUAACGCUGCAACAUGCUAUAACAAUCCUUCCACGUUCAGUUCAUCUAGUAACACAGCUACUUAUAGUCCUUAUGGACCACCUUUUGCACACUGGUGGUCGUUCAAUAACAGUGCACAUCAACAAACACCUUAUCAGUAUGGGAAUACUCCAAGCAACAAUUAUCGAAGACAGUUCUCUCAAAAUGCUAAUGGGAAUUUCUUUGAUAAUUCUAAACAAAAUCCACAAACACCAUCAUCAUUGUCAACACAAAAUUGGCCUCAAUUUAAUCAAAGACCUCAGUUUAUACCAAGACAACGUAUGCUUAGGAACAGGCCUCAUUUUUCCGUUCAAAAUCAAUCAAGAGGAACUAAACAGAAAACAAUUAAUGCUAUGACUGAAGACAAAAAAUGGAAGCACGAAUUAAAAUCAAAACAAUCUGAAGAACCACAGCGUGCUCAAAAACCAUGGAAUCGAGAAGAUUCUAUAAAAGCAAUCGCUGUCGAGAAGGAAUUUCAAAGACCCAAAAACAAUCAAAUCAUGAUCAGAUUUCCAGAUCAUGAAAUUACUCAGGAAAUUGUUCAGAACUUUCAUACUGACAUUAAAUCUGUACAUUUCCAAGCACCAACCUUUCCGAGGUGUUGUUUUGUGGAAGUACAACCAAGUGCAAAUAUUGAAAAUGUUGCAAAUGCGCUAAAUGAAACUUUUUUCCAACAUGGAAAAUUGAAGGUAGAAAUCAAAGAAAAUAAUUUUGAAAAAAAUUCAUUACCGGAGAGCAUUGAUCCAUAUACAUUAUAUCUUGCAAAUUUGGCACCAAAUAUCACAUAUAAAGCUGUUAAAGAUGAAUUUCCAAAAGCCAUUCAAGUAAACAUUGGGGUUGCUACAAAAAUGAAGUUCACAAGAUGUGCAUUUAUUAAGUUUUCUAACGUGGAAGAUGCGAUACAAGCGUACAAAGAAAAAUAUAAUUUGGUUAUUAAGAGCCGAUUGGUUAUGUUAAGAUUUAGACGUAUCAAAGAAAAUGUAAGCCCACCUGAACAGGUUGAUAAAUUACUAAAUGAGAAGAAUGAAUUUGACAUACAAAGUUUACAGAAAAAAAUCAAGAGAGAACCUAUAGAAGAAAAUAUUGAUGAAUAUGAUUCUUCUCCAAUUAAUGUAUCGAGAGUAGUUAAGCCUGAAAUGGUGGAAGAGGAUAAAUAUGAAGAUGAUUCUAAAUAUGAAUCUAUACAAUAUGAAAAUGAUAUUGAUAUAAAAUCUGAGUGGCCAGAUUAUGAAAAUGAAUAUGAUGAACAAUAUUAUGAAGAGGAAGAUACAGAUGAAUCUUAUACUUUCCGAAGAAAUGAAACAGUAAGUAUGGUUGUAGUGCUUGCUGAUAAUAAUAGUGUUUAG